AUGACUUUGUUGGCUGAUGGCAUUGCAUAUAACGUUCCUCAAACUACAGAUGGAACAAUAAGUACUACCACACCAAUACCAGGUCAUAUUGAUAGAUUCGAUUUAUUAUUAAUUGCUGGUACUCAAGCUUCAGAUGUUUAUAGCUAUAUCGAUGAACUCUCAAGUACUUUUUUAAAUCUUACUGGUGGUGCCACAGAUGUUUCAGUCGGUUUUAUCCCUACCGAAAAUAUCAAUAUGCUUAAAUUAUAUAUCAAUGGUGUCGAGUCUACAAUUUUAUCAGUCAUCCCUGGCACAUUAGGUUCAAUUAAUUUCACUUAUCCAUCCGUUCCAUCAUAUGGUUACUACUCUUUUGUUGUAAAAUUAAAUGGUAUUUCAAUUAUAAAUUCCCAAAUCAGAUAUUACAAGUACAUACCAAAGCUUUUUUCAGAUCAAUUAAUUAUUGCAAGAAGUGUUUUAUCUUAUGCUGGUAUUGUUACUAAUGAUCCAUGUAGCUAUCCAAACUAUAUUACCUGUGCUCAACACAAUUCCAUGUUUUUAUAUGUAGAAAAAGCAACUGUAUAUAAUGGUGGUGCAUUCAAGAAUAUCAGUGAAGAUUUAACCGCUUUUUGGAAUGCAACCGAAAUCAAUGUUAUGGGAAAUCUAUUUGUAUUAGACUACUUUUAUUUAAAUAUGUAUAGAUUCACAAAGUUAAAGUCAUUAAUUAUUACCUUCCAAGUCAAUGAUAUUCCAUCUACCGCAGUUUUCCCAAGUACACUCGAAACCCUCGUUUUAAAUACAUACGGUGGUUCUGUAAAUAAUAGAUUCUUUAAUUCAAAUUUAAAACAAUUAAAUAUCUAUACAGCUUUAACAGGAUUUAAUGUUUCUCCAUGCCCAGUAAAUAAUAAAUUAGAAAAAUUAUUUAUACCAGUUACAUCCACACAAGGUUUACCACAAAAUGGUUUUAAUUUACAAAGUCUAGAUACCUUAUCAAUUAGUAUCAAUAGUUAUCAAUUUACUUUACCAAAUGACUUUGAUGUUCAAUUCCCAAAUAUCCCAAAUUUAGAAUUUAGAUUCGGUAUACAAGCAGGUAAAAAUACUUUUGAUUUCCCAUCAAGUGUCGAACAACUUACAGAGUUAACCAGAUUUUCAGUUUAUGGAGAUGGUUUCUAUAACCCAACUAAAGGAUAUAUCGACUUAUUAAGUUCACCACCAUUAUCUGUAUUCUUUUCAGAGGUUUCCCAAAACUAUAUUGUACAUGCAAACCCAGGAUCUAUUUAUUAUUUAACAAAUUCAAAUGUACCAGUUAGUAUUAUUGAUUUUUCAAAUUAUACCUCAAUUUCUGUUUUAUAUAACAACUAUGUACAACCAUUACCAGUAAAUACAAUUAAUUUUAACACUGUUACCGAGUUAGCAUUUUUAAAUAGUGGUUUUUAUGGUAGUGUACCAAGCGAAUAUUGUAAGGUUCCAUUGAAAUCUCUUUAUCUUAUGGAUAAUAAUUUGGAUGGUACUGCUCCAUCAUGUUUCGCAUGUUUUUCAACUAGUGAAAGAGAGAUGCUAUUACCAAACCCAUAUUCAAAUUUCAAUGCAGAUACACCAAGAACUUGUCCAUCAUUCAGUGUCGAAACUUCAAAUAUCAUUGGUUCUAAUGUUGAAACUUUAAUUGUAAAAGUAAAAGGUAAUGAUUUAGGUUUCUCUGUAUCAAAAGCUUUCCCAUCAUCACCAGAUAUCUCAAUAAGUGAGCCCAAUACAGAAUUAACCAUCACCAUUCCACCAGGAUUAGAUACCACAUCACCAUUUGAAUACUUAUUCCAUGACGGUUUAGUUUCUUUCAGUUUUAUACUAUCCUACCCAUCAGAUUCUAAUAUUUUAGCAAAAGAAAUUUUAUUAAAAUAUUACGGUAUUUCAACUUCUGACCCUUGCACCACAUCUUAUAUUACUUGUAAAAAUGAUUACAUACAUCCAUUGGAUCAAUAUGUUGAUAGUGUAAGAGUUUACCUUCCAAGUGGUUCACCAGUGAUUCUAACAGAGGAUUUAACCGUUUUUGGUAAUUCUUCAACUAUAAUGCUUCAGGGGAAUAUCAGAGUAUCAGAUUCGUUUUAUUUUAAUCUUUAUAAAUUUGAUAAAUUAGUUUCCCUUUAUGUAGAUUAUCAAUUAACCACUGUUCCUACUGGAAUUGUUUAUCCACAAUAUUGUAGAUUUUCUAUUUUAUAUUAUGGGGGUUUAGUACAUGAUGAUCUUUUUAAAGGACUUGAAGGUUUUUAUGUAAGCUUUUCAUUACCAGGUUAUUCAAUUGUUUCAUCAUUCCCUGUUAACACCAAAGUUAAAUGGUUAUCUCUUCCAAUUUCCCCAUUAGGAACUCUUCCAACAAAUGGUUUCAAUGCCCCUAACAUUGUAUCUAUUAAUAACAUAAUCCAUGAUAUAACUGACCCUUCAUAUAUUUUCCCAAAUAAUUAUAACCAGUUCCCAAAUGUAUAUAAUAUUCAAUUCCAAUUCUGGCCCUCUACAACUGUUAAAUUAACUUACCCACUUUCAGUUACAACACUUCCAAAAUUAGAUACUCAUAUUAUUUAUGGAGAUGGCUUUAAAUCUAAUUCUAUUGGUCAAUUUAACUUUUUAACAUCAUCAAGAUUAUAUUUACACUUAUCACAAAGUUCUACAUUAAUCAAAUCAUGCACACAAAGACCAUGUAUUACUUUGCCACCAGGUUCAUCUUUUAGUUCAUAUGGUAAUGAUUUCUCUUUAGAUCUUAUUGAUUUUUCCAACUAUACAGAUAUUCGUAUUUCAAACCAUAUCCAAUCGGAAAGAAAACUUUUAGUUAACACCAUUAAUUUUGAUAAAAUACUAUCAAUAGAAAUUGAAAAUUCUAAUUUUAUUGGAUCUAUACCAGAAGAAUAUUGUUCAGUUCCUAAGCUUGGCAAAUAUGGUUAUGGCUAUGGUUUAAAACUUGCAAACAACAAACUAAAUGGUACUGUCCCAGGCUGUUUUAAAUGUGUUGGAGGUAUAUUUUAUGCUACAUCCCUUUUCCCUAAUACAUUCCUUGAUUUUACUCCAACUGAUCCACCAUCUUGCCCAACUUUUUGUAUUGAUAACACCUACAAUAAUAUUGUUGCAACAAAUUCCCCAACUGUUAUUACAAUUAAUGGUAAAUCCCUUGGUCAUUCUAUAACACCUUUGUCUUUAUUACAGCCACAAGCCCAAAUAUCAAUUCCAAAUAAGCAAAUUAAAAUUACAGUUCCAAUUGGUGAAGGUAGAGACUACAAGUUUACUUAUUAUUUGCAAGGCCCACUUAAUUAUUCCUUUACCUUAAGCUAUUCAUAUGAAAAGCCAAUUAUUACAUCGUUUGCUUUUGAAAAUGGUUUGUUAAGUUGUAAUGGCAGUGGUUUCUCUUAUGGUUCUAAUAUGGGUUUAGUUGCAGAUGGUAUUGCAUAUACUAUUCCUAAAACAACAAAUGGUUCAAUUUCUGUAGCAACAACUAUUCCAAGUAAUAUCAGUAGAUUUGAUUUUGAAUUAUUUGUUGGUAAUCAAUCUUCUGGUUUUUAUAGCUAUGUUGAUCAACUCUCUAAAAACUAUUUAAAUUUGACUGGUGGUAGUACUAAUGUUUCUGGUAUAGACUUUGUUCCAACAAGUGACCUUACAAUGUUAAAUUUGUUUAUUAAUGGUAUUGAAUCUACAAUUAUCUCUGCCCAGCCCGGUCCCCUUGGUUCCAUUAAAUUUAACUAUCCCUUAGCUUCAUCAUAUGGCCACUAUUCUUUUGUUUUACAAUACAAAGGUGUUACUAUUUUAAAUUCCCAAGUUAGAUACUUUAAGUAUGUUCCAAAACUUUUUCCAGACCAAUUGGCUGUUGCUAAAAAGUUAUUAGAAUAUUCAGGAAUUACUACUGAUGAUCCAUGUAGCUAUCCAAACUACAUUAAAUGUGUUCAACACAAUUCAAUGUUUUUGUAUGUUGAAGAAGCAAUCUCAUAUAAUGGAGGCUCUUUAGUUAACGUAACUGUAGACUUGACCACCUUCUGGAAUGCAUCUAAAAUUAGUGUAAUGGGUAAUUUGAUUGUAUUGGAUAGCUUUUAUUUGAACUUAAAUAAAUUUGUUAGAUUAAACCACCUUGCUAUUUCCUACCAACCAAGUAAUAUUCCUGCUGCCACAAUUUUACCAAAUACUCUAGAAACCCUUUCACUCAAUAUGUAUGGUGGUUCGGUUGAUAAUAGAUUCUUUAAUUCAAAUUUGAAACAAUUGGAUAUUUCCUUUGGUGUUGGUGACUUUAGCAUUUCUCCUUGCCCAAUUAAUAACAAGUUAAAAAAGCUUUAUAUUCCGGUUACACCCACACAAGGUUUACCACAAAAUGGUUUUAAUUUACAAAGUCUUGAUACACUAUCAAUUAGCAUAAAUGACUAUCAAUUUGCUUUACCAAACGACUUUAAUGUUCAGUUCCCAAAUAUCCCAAAUUUAGAAUUUAGAUUUGGUGCAUGGUCAGGUAAAAAGACAUUCGGCUUCCCAUCGAGUGUUGAGCAGCUAACCAAAUUAAAACAACUAUUUAUUCAUGGCGAUGGAUUUAUUACUCCAUCAAAGGGUUACAUUGAGUUGUUAAAAUCUCCACCAUUAACUGUUUGGUUUAACGAUGUUACUCAAAACUACUUUGUAAAAGCUAAUCCAGGUUCUUCAUUUGUGCUAAUGAGCUCCAAUGUACCAUUAAACAACGUUGACUUUAAAAACUAUACUUCAAUUUCUGUUUGGUAUAACAAUUAUGUUCAAGAAUUACCAGUAAGCACCAUUAACUUUAACACCAUUAAAGACAUAACAUUCACCCAAAGUGGAUUCUAUGGUAAUGUACCAAGUGAAUAUUGUAAGGUUCCAUCAAAGUCUCUCUAUCUUAAGAGUAAUAAUUUGAAUGGCACUGUACCAACCUGUUUUGUAUGUUUUUCAACCAGUGAAAGGGAGAUGCUAUUACCAAACCCAUAUUCUAACUUUAAUGCCAAUACACCAAGAUCUUGCCCAUCGUUCAAUGUUGAAGCAUCUAGCUUUGUUGGUUCUAAUGAGUAUACUUCAGUUUUUACAGUUAAAGGUACUGAUUUAGGUUUCUCUGUUUCUAAAGUAUCACCAUUGUCUCCAGAUGUUAAAAUUAGUAAGCCAAAUACUGAAUUGGUGAUUACUCUUCCUCCAGGUGUUGAUACAAGCAUUUCGCACCAAUAUUUAUUCCAUGAUGGCUUAAUUAGCUUUACAUUUACUUUUUCUUAUCCACCACUAAUUAGUUCUUUUUCAUUUAACUCUAACAAUGAAUUGGUCAUUAGCGGCAGUAGUUUUUCUCCAGUUUUAGCAACAAUACCAAAUUCUUUUGUCAUUAAUGGAGCUUCUCACCAAAUUGCUACAUCUAGCGAUGGAAAAAUUAGAGUUCCACCAUCCAUAGCUUCUAAAACCACAUCAUUUUCGUUCUAUGUUAUUGUUGGCUCGCUACAGUCCAAUAUAGUUGGCUAUUCUACAUCAACACUUCUUAGAGCAGAUCCAGUUACAGGAUUAAAUGUUAGAAGCGGCUCAGCAACAGUUACAGGUAAUUUUGGUCAAUAUAUUGAUAGUCUAUUUUCUAUAAGCAUUAAUAACGAGCCAUGUUCCUUUAUCCAAUUAACAUCAAAUUCUGUUAAGGUAAACUACCCAGUUGUCUCUCAGUUUGGUUCAUUCCCUCUAAAAAUCUAUUCAAACGGCCAAAUAUUAACUUCAACUGCUACCUAUACAAAUGAUUUCCCACCAGAAUCUGAAUUUUAA